UUUAUACAUGUAUUGACCAUCAGGUCAUUAUGCAUGUAUGUAGGAUGUAUGAAUAAAUGUUUAUUCCAUUAUCGACUAACAACACUUCUUUAAUACAUAUUAUACACUUGUUUAUGGUUACUAUCACCUAGACAACUGAUGGUAAAAAAGAAUAAAUGAUGAGUUAGGCUCGUACAAAUAUUAACACGUCAAAAUGUGUCAAUCACCUUACCAUCCACUUCUACCGACAUUUUUUCUUUUUAAGUUUAAUUCAUUUCAUUUUUUAUUCAAACGCCGUUCUAUAACUAACGUUAGACUAUUUUUUAAAAAUGUUUUUAAAAUAAGACAAAAGUUAUUCAAAAAUAUUUCUUUAAACAACCCUGUUGAAUUUAUUGUAUUAUAAUAACAAUCAUUGAGUUGUACUAUAAGUCUGAUCAUUGCCUAUUGAAUAAUGGAAUCUGGAAGCACUGAUAUCGUCAAACUUUUGUUAUACAUUUUCAAUGUUAUACUCGGGAUUACAGGCGUCGCUUUAAUGAUAAUUGGUAUUAUAGUAAUUGCCGACUUGGGCCGAUUUUCUAAUUAUUUAAGUACAUCUAUUACAGUUCCACCAAUUAUGUUCAUAGCCUUAGGAAUAUUAGUCAUAUGUACUUGCAUAUUUGGAUUUUAUUGUAUAGAGAAGCACAACUACUACAUUUUAAUAGUGUUCACCUUACUUUUAUUGCUGAUUUUGGUAAUCGAAGUAAUUUUGGCAAUUUCUUCAUCAGUAUCUAAAGAAAAUUUCAAUAACGAUCUAAGACACAAUCUUAAGUCGUCAAUGGGAAAAUAUUCAUUUGAAGAUACUGAUCGCCAGUCUUGGGCUACUCUACAAAGAAAACUAGAGUGUUGUGGAGUAGAUACACCCAGGGAUUGGGUCAUUAUAUUUCCAGAAAAUCAAGUUCCUGUUUCAUGUUGUCAAAAUUUACCCGAUGAAUCUGGAGCACUAUGUCGAAAUUUAUUCGACGAAAGAAUAAUUUAUCAAAAAGGAUGUUACAAUGUCUUGAGUGAUCGAGUGAAGAGUAGAAUGACGACAAUGUUGUAUAUUGCAUUAGCAUUUUCACUCUUACAGGUUGUUGGCGUUAUUCUGUCUUCUUUUUAUACGUACUUUUUAAAAACUGAUCAUGAAAGCAAGUAAGACAAUUAUAUGACAAUCUACAUAAUAUAUGCAAUCAUUGUAUAUACUCAUAAGUCGUAUAUAUACCUACAUAUACACUAUGAUUAUGUCUAAACAUAAUUGUGUAAAAAAAGUAGGUAGGUAUGUAGUAGUAGAACUUCAGUUAAUCAUGAUUAACUGCAGUGCUAUUUAUAAAUUAUGCAUGUAUGAUUUUAAGUAUCUAACUCAACCAUUUUCAGUUUCCACUUCGGUAAAAAUGUUGAUUAUAAUAUAAUAUCAUAGCAGAUAAAAAAACAAGAAUUUAGAACAGUUAUGUAAAACUAAAGACUCAUAUCAUUGUU